CUCUCUCUCUCUCCUCUACAUAUAUGGUUACAGUACUUCAUUCUGCAGUUGCAUCCGUCGUUGUGUUUUUGGCUUGGGAUCAGAUCGAAUUGAAGUGCUAGCUCUAGCAACAGGGAGAGAGUAAAAAUAUGAGAGGGUUCCAAAGGAGAGGUGUCCGGCAGUACAACCGGUCUGACGAGCCGCGGAUGCGGUGGACGGAGGAGCUGCACCGGCAGUUUAUCGAGGCUGUCGACUGCCUAGGCGGCCCAGAUGAGGCAACACCGAAGCGAAUUCUUCAGCUCAUGGGCGUGAAGGGAGUCAGCAUAUCUCACAUCAAGAGCCAUCUCCAGAUGCACCGAUCAAGCUCAAGCAACAACAGUAACAACAGUGACGCCCCAGCCAACGCGUUUGUGAAUCGUCAUCAAGGUGAAUGCGUCGAUGAUGCGUCACGAGAAUGUAACACGGCAGCUGCUUCGCACAUGAUCAACGCUUCUUCUUGUAAGGUGCCUCGCAGUCGCGGGGACCACCACCACUCGACCUCGCCGCCUUACCAAAUACCGUCCAUCGAAGAAGUUCUCAGAUGUUGGGAGCAGAGUAGAGAGCUUCCGCCAUGGAACUCGAGCAUGCUAAUCACCACAGAGAAGGCGAUCGGCUGGCCGUGUCACGCUGAUUGCAAGACGAGUCAGAAGAAGCAGAUGGCGGCGGUGUGUGACCUGACGCUGUCGAUCGGUGUUCCGGGGGAGGAUGAGGCGGACGCGAGCAGCGACAUUGACGGCUCGAGCAUGACUACUGAGGAGGCCGCUGCCCCGGUGAGGGAUCGAGGAGCCGGCGACCUCCACCGCUCCACUUGUCUGAACCUAGACCUGAACCUCGACCUCGCUGUCCCAUCUUCUUGGCUCGCCUGACCUGAGAAGCUGUGCUAGGCCCCCUAUGUAAAUACGUAGAGCUGUCUUUGUAUACAUCCUUUGUACAUAUCGAUGUAUAUAUUGUAGAUCGUACGUGCUAGCAUUAUUUCGAAAUAUUUUUU